AUGACAUACGCCGUGAGAGCGCCCAGCACGGACCCUGGACCAACCUCCUGUAGUGCCAUUGAAUGCAGACUCCUCGGACACUGCUACGCGCAACAAGAUUACAAGGAGUUUUACUGUUCCUGCUUCGAAGGUUACUCCGGACAGGAUUGCGGCGUAGGCCCGCUGUGCCCGCGGACAUCCAACAUGUGCAAAAAUGGAGGCAUUUGCAGACAAAUGGGUCCCGCUGCGGUUAGCUGCAUCUGCGCGCCGGGGUACACUGGAGAUCUCUGCGAGUCGCAGAUAGCAGAACCAGAAUGUGGCAUCGCGGAGUGUUCGGAUGGAUGCAAAGAAGGCGCGACAUGUGAUUGUAAUCCAAGGGACUCAGAUUUUUCCACAGCACGUUUUGAGACAAGACUGCAAAUAAUGGACCAACCCAACGUCAACAUAUCACAGGAAAUAAUUAAACAGAUAACGAGCUAUUUAAGAGCGUCCAAUAUCACUUUGGAGGAUGAAAUUGAAAUCUUAAACAUUAGUUCAGUAGAUAUGAACGGUGCGCGUACCGUACUCCUGCGCAUAUGGGGAGCGAGACGCGAGGCUGGCACUCUCCGGGCUGCCCUUGCCCGUCUCGCAGCCACACGCUCGCGCACAGACCGUCUGCGUCUGUUACCUGCUACUUUACACUUCGAUAUGCAACCCGCACUUAGCUUACCGGCGUUAGUCGUGAACCAGCGGCCGGGAGUAUGGGAGGGAUCAGAGUUCAUCUUGAGUUGUAUGGCCUACGGCUCUCCAAACAUCACAUUCAGAUGGUACAAAGACGGCGUGAGGGUCAACUUCGAAGGCACGACGAGAGACAUAUGGACACGAACCGUAGCAGAAGAUGCACUUGGUCGCCGCAUGUCUGUACUGGGAGUAUCCGAAGCUCAGCGUCCCGACAGUGGGAAGUGGUCCUGCUCAGCUGACGACGUAGGCCGAAGAAGAUGCAGGGCUUUAAGACUGGAGAUUUUGAGACCACCUGAUAUACGUCUCGUUCCUUCUACUCUCACUGUGAAUAAGGGAGAUAACGUAAGCAUUACAUGCUUAGCUGGCGCGGGAAGGGCUCAUGGUGUACUAGGGUUUAGUUGGACACGAGAAAAGAACCUCCUGAAGUUGGCUCCAGGUCGAGAAGUUUGGGAAGACUUAUAUCCAGCAGGAAGUGUUCUGAAACUCUUCAACGUCCAAAAAUCUGCUGAGUUUCGAUGUCAAGUUUCGUCAGUGGCCGGGACAAACGCGCAAAGCGUAUCAAUGUGGGCCCUAGGUCCGUCUGAUGAUUCAUGUGAACCCGGAGCUUCUCACGGUCUUCGCUGGCCAAGAACGGCGCCAGGCGCUCAUGCGUCUUCUUCUUGCCCGCCUGGACAUACCGGUGAAACGACGAGAUUUUGUGAGCCGAAAACCGUCCAACAUGAAGUGAAAUGGAAGCUGCCUGAUUUCUCUGGAUGUAUAGCAGACUCACUGAAAGAUAUUUAUGAACAAUUUACUCGUAUCUCUUAUGGUUACUCUUGGACAAACAUAUCGUUUGUGGCCAAACACUAUGGAUCUAUACUCCGGUCUUUGCCCAUUCACCCUGGUGAGGGAACUCUACCUCUCCACCACUCUCGGAAAAUGCUGCAGUACCUUUUAUCUCCUGUCGGGAAACCCAAAGACAGAUUUGAUAGUGUUGAGCACCUACUAAAGAUUUACGACACACUACUGAAGCAUCCCGAUGCAUUUUUGGAUGAAGAGAAAGUCUACGAACUGCAAAACGCUAUAGUGGACACCGCCGGUAUGAGAUCGAACGAGGAUAUACGCCUCCAAGAGAUCACUGUGAAGACGAAGCCGGUACUAGACGACAACGCUGCCCACUUCGACCUGCCCAGUAUUCCUGAAUGGCCAACUGCUACACCACAGUGGCUUCUCUCCUCUGUGGGCGUCGAACUAGUAGGGCGAACUGGGAAUGCCACUGUGGUGACAGUUCUUUAUCAUAAUUUGGCUGCGAGACUUCCUUCCCUGAGAAGGUCUAUAGAGUUUAGCCCGUCUCCUUUCAGGAACGGCCGCGAGACUGAAUAUGUGUUUGCGUCGCAACAAGUCCAGCUGUCUGCGAGCGGUGCAGGUGUCGACAGAAGUCUGCAACACACAGUCACACUACUAUUCAGUCACGUCAAGAACUAUAGUGCAGUGGCUUCUAAGCUGGCUUGUGGCUUACGCACGGAGGAGGAGCCUCGAGCUUGGAGCACCAAGGCAUGUGAAGUCCGCGUGCCAGAAUCUACCCACGUAGCCUGCCGGUGCCGGGGACUUGGUACAUAUGCUCUGUUCACCAUCGCUAGGUCAACUCUGACAGAUGUAGAGAAGGAUCUCCGUGGGGUAGUAAAAAUUACUGUUAGCCUCAGCGGUGCGAUGUGCCUGGCCGCGGCUGCUCUGCAACUCCUCAGCUUGGUGCCGGGCAGGAAGGCUCGUCUGCCAGUACUACUUAAGGCUGCCACCGCCGGCACGCAUUCCGCUGCCAUGUUAGUACUGCUGGAAUGUGACACCAGACAGGAAGAAGCGUGUCCAGGAUCAUUGGGUUGGGUUUGCGCCGCUUGUUGGUGUGCAGGAUGCGCGGCAUUGUGUGCGCAGCCACUGCUCUUACAAGCAGAACUGGCGGGAAGAGCGCAAAGAGGACCUUCUGUCGGAAUAUUAGCUGGAGUGAGCACGUUGUCUUGGCUGACGGCGCGGCUGUGGGGCGGGGCGCCGCUGCAGGUGGGCGCGGCGGCGCAGGCGGUGUGCGCGGCGGGGUGCGCCCUGCUGGCGGCCCUGUGCCUGGCGCUGGCCACCUGCGCCGCCGCCAGGCUCCGGACCAUCACACACAAAGUACCCGCCGAGAGACGGAACUAUUUAAGAGACAGGUGCCGAGUUAUCCGGCACACAUUAAUAUUAUUGGUGACGACGUCGGGUGCGCAAGCAGCGGGUGUGAUCUACGCACAGCCUGGGGAGAGGAAAGUGCCGCAAGUGGCUGCACUCUCUGUUGCUGCAAUAGCAAACGGUGUGGCGAUGUUGUUGUGUUACGUGUUACGUGACGAGGAGUGCGUGCGAGCCGCGCGACGUGCGCUCUCACUCGCCUCACGAGACUGGCAGGACUCACCCGCCGGAGACACCUCACUCAGCCUGUACAUUAAACAAGGGGGUGAGGUAGAGAGCCGCGGAGGUGUUGGUGGAUUAGAAUCAUCCUCAUCACCCGUCUCCCCUAUAGCAUCAUACUGGAGAGCACCAGGCUUGGAGAGCCCUUCAAGGAUACACAGGCGACAAUCAACACCCGACAGUCGUGCAGACAUAGUACGCUGCGUAGAAUACAAAGAUGGCACACUCAGUCCCCAAUACGAGUCUCGUUGUGUGACCACCACCCAAGCAGUAUGCGACCUCAUUCCCCGCGCUGCCGAGCGCGUCCCCCUCACUCAUCCGCCGCUAUCCUGUCCCCCUCCGCUCGCCUGCCCAAUCAACUUCCAACCUUACCACCCCACAUUCCAUCCGCCAAAAGACUGCUCGAUAUGCGUACAAUCCAAUCCUGAUAUCUCUAAAAUCCCAUCACCACCUAUAAAGAGUUGUCUCAAAAAGACCCCAAGAGACUUCUCCUCCAGCACGUCCUUGCCCGAAGUGAUAGAAGAUCCUAAACCGAAAUCUGAUAUAGAACAAGUGAAUCGGGAAUGGAACAAAGCGUAUGACUCGCCGGACGCGGAUAGAAUGUUACAUAAAAUAUCAGAUGACUUAGCGUUUCUCCUUAACACGUCUAGAAUAAACAAAAAUGUUCUAGACCAAAUAGAAGAGGCUCCCACCUAG